AUGGCUACUAAGAGAUCAAAUCCAUUCAUCGAAGACUUCAUGCCACAAAGCAAGGUUCAUGUAGGAUUGAAACAAUUUAACAACAAUGAAGACAGGCUGAAGAAAGUGUAUGAAAAAACAUUGGAUUUGCUCUUCAAAGGAGCAAAAAAGUCUUCAAAUAUUGAUUUGAUUAGUAAUCAAACUAUUGCUACAAUUUAUAAAAAAGAUGGAAUGAAACAGUUAGUCAUCGGUAAAGAUGGUUGUCUUCUUUCAAAUUCAGAUGAAAUACAGGUUCAAGCACAGCCAACACCAAUGAGCCAGUGCAGCUGUGGCAAUACAAAAACUGAAGGGAACUGUACAUACUGUGAAAGAGGGCUUUGUAUUACGUGUCAGCAUUUUUGUGCCCGCUGUGAGAAGUAUUACUGUUCACAAUGUUCUCUUAUUGGGUCUGAAGGCUCAGAAAUAUGUGUUUCUUGUUAUGGUUAG